AUGGACAUUGCGUCGCGGGUGGUCUCCGCCAUGUCACGGGUGGCCAAUGAGACCCCUGAAAAGAUAAAACCUGCAAAAGUUGGAAUGGUUGUCGAUGUGUCUGACGCAAAGUUUAUUGGAGGACUUAUACCGUCGCUGGUGGAAAAACAACUGUAUCCAUAUUCUCGACCUGAGUUCCUUUACUUCUCCGAGGAUGAAAUUCUGUUAUCAGCUGAUCAAUCUGUUCGCCCUGUUCUCUGUCCGAAGUAUCCCUCAAAAAUGCCUUUAUACGCUGGUUAUGCUGAAGUUAUCAAUGCAGGUACUUAUAUGUCAACAGUUGUCAAAGCUUCUUCGAAAGAUGAUGACGAGCUCGUAUCCCCAAACGGGGGUAGUACGUCAUGUACAUCCUCUACUGGGAUUCGAGCGGAGGCCGCGCUAUUUGCCAUAUUCGAUGGCCAUGCAGGCUCUGGAGCAGCACUCGUAGCUAGUCGAUGCUUACAUGAGCACAUAAAGUCUCGAUUGGGAGUAGUAUUGGAAUCGAUUAUUCAGCUGGAUAGGAACGAAACUCUCUUGUCAAGCAGAGCACGUUCGGAUUCAUCCUAUAGUAUCAGUAAGAUGGAUUCGGUGUCGAUUCGAUGUGAUGAACUGGUUGUAGGAGCUUUAGAAGCGGCAUUUGUUGACAUGGCAUAUCAGAACCCUGAACUCAUAGGAAACUGUUUCUCUCGUCUCGAAUACUCUAGAACAUUGUCGAGGAAAGAUUUAAAGACGAAAGUCUUGUUCAGGGAUUGGUUCAUGGACGGCUGGGCAGCGAAAACGGUCAAAGAAUGUGAUCUGAAACCACCAUUAAUAAGCGAUUGCACCCGAAAGAGACGCCUUCUGAACACAAUCGGGGUAUCACGAGGAUUUGGUGAUCAUCAUCUAUUCACUGUUGAUGACCAUUUGCCAAUUAAACCAUUUCUUUCGUCAGUCCCAGAGGUGCGGGUAUUCGAUCUACGGAAUCUUGACGUUUUGUCAGAUAAGGAUAUCCUUAUAGUAGCGUCAGAUGGUCUAUGGGAUGUACUGAGUAACGAAGAUGCUGGCUUGAUUGUACGCUCUUCUUUAUCGGCUACGGAACAAAGUGAACAAUCACGAUAUACCAUGGCCGCUCAAGAAUUAGCAAUCGCUGCGCGAGGCUAUCCGAGCGGAAACAACGGACACCGAUGGACGAUGAACAGUGGAGGAAGUGCAUCUACCGAUGACAUUACUAAGUCCCUCGAUAACCGGUGGUUUUGCAGAUAUACCAUGGCCGCUCAAGAAUUAGCAAUUGCUGCGCGAGGCUAUCCGAGUGGAAACAACGGACAUCGAUGGACGAUGAACAGUGGAGGAAGUGCAUCCACCGAUGACAUUACUGUAUUCGUUAUUCCUUUGAAAUAUUGCGUUGCUCCGCCUCCAGAAGAUGAUGACGACGAUGAAAUGAUAAGUCUUUGUGCCGAAGAUUAA